AUGCAUACAAAACAAAAACGCUCAGCUUCAACCGAAUCGUCAGGCCCCGCUGAAGCCCCCACGAAGCAGAACGCUGUAUCUACUGAAGAUUCUGCACUUGCGUCGGACGGUGCUUCAGGCUCUACGGAAACUCCGGUUAAGAAAAAGAAAAAGGCGACAGUAAAGUCGAGCGAAGGCUCUGCAGCUGAGUCCAGCGGAGACUCGGCAGUAGCUUCUGCUGCUGCUUCUGGUUCUGGUUCUGCUGAAGUCUCCAUUAAGAAAAAGAAAACGAAGAAGGCAGCAGUAGCGUCCAGCGAAGCAUCGGCAGGGUCGACAGAAGACGCUGCGUUAGCCUCAGCCAAUGCUUCAGGCUCUACUGACACCCCGAUUAAGAAGAAAGCGAAGAAGACAGCUGCAACGGCAUCGAAUGAAGGCUCUACAGUCGAGUCCACGGAAAGCUCCGCACUAGCUUCUGGUGACGCCUCUGGCUCUGCUGAAGCCCCCAUUAAGAAGAAGGCAGCGAUAGCAUCAAGUGAAGGCUCUGCAGUCGAGUCAACCGAAGACUCCGCAAUAGCUUCAGCUGAUGCUUCUGGUUCUGCUGGCACCCCUACUCAAAAGAUACCAGAAGCCUCAGGAGCAACAUCCACCGAUAGCUCGGAAGUCGGCUCGACAAAAGACUCUGCUCUCGCUUCAGCCGAUUCUUCAGGUGCUGUCGACACCCCAAUUCAGAAGAAAGUAGAGUCCUCAACUGCAGCGUCAACAGAAGGCUCGGCCGCUGCGCCUAAAGCUGGCUCGGGAGACGUCGCGUCUGCGGCAGGAUCGGCAGCCUCGCCAGCAAAACAGGAGACGCCUCCUGCUCCAACAAUGAGUGUCAAGGACUCUGUUGUGUUGAGCAAAAGCUUUGGUGGACCUCACGGUACAGACUUCUCGGACAAGAACUUUGUUAACUCUGGACAGACUGUUAGUCAAAUCUCCAUCUACGCUGGUGAACGCCUAGAUGGUAUCAGUUUGGAAAUCUCAGCUCCCAAGACGCUCACGUUCACUCACGGAGGAACCGGUGGUGACCGUAAGGUGCUGAAGCUUGGUCCAGGAGAGUACAUCAACUCGAUGGAGGUUCAUUGGGGUAAGAAGGACGACCACACUCGUAUUUUUUACGUGAAUUUCCUGACGAGUGCGGGUAACUCGCUGUCUGGAGGAUCAAUGACAGACGACAAGAGCACAGUGACUGCACCUGAAGGUUUCCAGUUAGCGGGUUUCUUCGGUAAAUCUGGCAAGGAGAUCGAUACUCUGGGUGCUGUUUGGGCAUAUAUCGAUCUCGUUACGCCAGCUCCGACACCUGCACCAGCUCCUGUUAAGGAUGAGGACUCGCCAGGCACUGUCGCUCCAGAGGACAUUGCUGGCAGUUUGUCGGAGAUAAAGACGAAGGCGAAUAAGCGGCCUGUUCAGCUGAGUGAUUCUUUUGGUGGACCCCAUGGAAAGCAGUUCUCCGAUCAACUGGCUUGCACGUCUGGAAUGACCAUCAGCUCUGUCACUAUUCGAGCAGGUGAGCGUCUUGACGGCCUUACGGUACAAGUCGCAGCACCUAAGGAGAUGACGUUCACCCAUGGUGGUACUGGUGGUAAGGAAAAUACGCUUGCUCUGGAGCCUGGAGAGUACAUUACCGCGAUGGAAGUUCACUGGAGUCAAAAGAGCGGCCACACGCGCAUAUUCUACCUCAGUCUGGGCACCAGCAAAGGCAACAAGGUAUCUGGCGGAUCACAAACCAAGGAGAAGGGAUCACUAACUGCACCAAAAGGUUACCAAUUAGCCGGAUUCUUUGGUCGGUAUGGUGAUGAAGUUGAUCUUAUUGGCGCAGUGUGGUCGAGUAUUGCAGCGGUUAACGAAACAACCAGUACCGCUAAGGUAUCGGCUGACGAGGACAUUGCACUUGGUGAGCUCUUUGGCGGUCCACAUGGUAACGCGUUCUCGGAUAUCAACAAUAUCAAGUUCGGACAAACUAUUAGCGCUAUCACGAUCCGGUGA